GUUCCAGGGACCUGGAGGCUGUACCAUUUGACAUGAGUCUGGUGAAUGAGAGCAUCUCAGAGGAAUUCAUUCUCUUAGGGUUUUCAGAUCGGCCAUGGCUGGAGCUGCCGCUCUUUGUGGUGUUUCUCGUGUCCUAUAUCUUGACCAUCUUUGGGAAUAUGAUGAUCAUUCUUGUGUCCCGCCUGGAUGCCAAACUCCACACCCCCAUGUACUUUUUCCUCACUAACUUGUCCCUGCUGGACCUGUGCUACACCACCAGCACAGUCCCACAGAUGCUCAUCAACAUAUGCAGCACCCGGAAGGUCAUCAGCUAUGGUGGCUGUGUGGCCCAGCUUUUCAUUUUCCUGGCCUUGGGUUCCACUGAAUGUCUUCUCUUGGGCGUCAUGUCCUUUGACAGGUUUGUAGCCAUCUGUCAACCUCUCCAUUACUCAGUCAUCAUGCACCACAGGCGCUGUCUCCAGUUAGCAGCUGCAUGUUGGAUCAGUGGCUUCAGCAACUCAGUAUUGCAGUCUACAUGGACUCUUCAGAUGCCACGAUGUGGUCACAAGGAAGUGGAUCACUUCUUCUGUGAAGUCCCUGCCCUGCUCAAGUUGUCCUGUGUGGAUACAACAGCAAAUGAGGCAGAGCUAUUCUUUAUCAGUGUGCUGUUCCUUGUAAUACCUGUGACUCUCAUCCUUAUCUCAUAUGCUUUUAUUGUCCAAGCAGUGUUGAGAAUAAGGUCAGCUGAAGGUCGGCGAAAGGCAUUUGGGACAUGUGGCUCCCACCUAAUUGUAGUGGUACUUUUUUAUGGUACUGCCAUCUACAUGUAUCUGCAGCCACCAUCCCCUGCUUCCAAGGACCGGGGGAAGAUGGUGUCCCUCUUUUAUGGGAUCAUCACACCCAUGCUGAACCCCCUCAUCUACACCCUUAGGAACAAAGAGGUAAAGGGAGCAUUUAAGAGGUUGAUAGCAAGGAUCUUUGUGAUUAAAAAAGAAGCAUUGCCCAAAUAA